AUGAUAGGCCACGCACUCCGGCACGCCGCUGCAGCGUGCUUUCUGCUGCCGCUGCUGCUAACUCUCCUCUUGACGAGCCCAGAGCAGCUAUCUGCCAUUAACGACACCGAUCGUGCUGCCGUUGCGCUCUUCAACUACAUCGGCGACGCCUCCUUCGCAUUGACUGGCGCGCUUGCCGCGGGCGAGGAGGGAAUGGAUCUCAUGGGCUGCCUUGUCGUCGGCUUCGUCACAGCGCUCGGAGGCGGCACCUUUCGAGACAUUGUGCUCGGGCGGACACCAGUCUUCUGGCUCACCGCGUGGGACGAGGCCGCACUAGCGCCCAUGGUGAGCGGCCUCGCUUUUUUCUGCUGGCCGGCCGUUGCCCGCCGGUUGCGCUUGACCACUGAGGACGAGUGGCUCUUCUGGACCGACACCGUCGGGCUCGGCGCAUUUGCGGCGAACGGCGCCUACGUCGGGAGCAGCGUCAGCCCUCGGAGCCCGCACGUCGGCGGCGCGGCGCUGUGUGGCAUGUUCACCGCCACCUUUGGCGGCCUGACACGCGACGUCCUCCUCCGCCGCCCCGUGCGGAUCCUGCACUCGCACGCCGAGAUCUACGCCGCGCCGGCCCUCCUCGGCGGUGCCGCGACCGCCCUCUGGCUCUCGGCGGCCCCGACGCAGGUCGAGCAGGCGCUGCUCCUAGGCCUGUGGCUGACGAUACAGCCGCGUUGGUCGGCGCGCGCCGCCGCCGACCAUCACCACCGACCGACAGCUCGCACGGCCGUGCGGCAUUUCUCCUCCCUGCUGCUCGCCGACUCCUCCUCCCCCCGCAUGACCGACGACUACCCGUCCUUCGGCGACUCCUCCCUCCUCGGCACCAACGUCUACUACCCGUUCGCGGCCCGGUGA